UAGAAACGAUAUCCAAAAGGGUUCUUGGAAUCUAGCUGCAGUAUUAUAUAUGUGGAAAACUCUCCAAACUGUUGUAAAAACAAGACUGGAGGAUGUCGGGAGUUAUAUGUGAAUGCACACAAAAGAAAAUAAAAUUAUAAUCGACAAAAUUUGUCAAGUCCCGGACUUGUAGUAUAGGGCGAGAGGCUGAUAAAUGUUUCUUUUUUAAGUUAAGCGUGUUAUAGUAAACUAAUCAGCACUAACGACCUUACUUGGGGAAAAAAAUAAAAAAAAUCAGCACUACCAAUACAAAUUCAAGACUUUUAAUGGGAUCUUUCUGUUGCAUUUCUUGACCGAUUUCCGCUGAUCUGUAAAUCGUUCCCAUCUUGACGAAGCAAAAUCAAGAAGUGAAUGGCCAUGGUUUCUCCUCAGGCAAUACAAAUCUUGAAAAAUGAGCUACCGCUUGAGCAGGAAAAUCUUCUUCUCUCCGGUGAUGCCAAGACCGGAUUGGUGCUUGUCGACAUCGUUAAUGGCUUCUGCACUGUUGGUUCCGGAAAUCUCGCACCUCGAGCGCCUGAUACACAGAUUGGUGGAAUGGUUGAUGAAGCGGUGAAGCUUGCUAGAGAGUUCUGUGAGAAGAAGUGGCCUAUUUACGCGUUUCUUGAUUCUCAUCAUCCCGAUGUCCCAGAGCCUCCUUAUCCCCCUCACUGCAUUUCUGGAACGGAUGAGUCCAAACUGGUUCCUUCGUUACAGUGGCUGGAAAAUGAACCAAAUGUGACAAUUCGAUGCAAGGACUGUAUUGAUGGAUUCAUUGGUUCAUUGGAAAAGGAUGGGUCGAAUGUGUUUGUGGAUUGGGUGAAAUCACAUGGGAUCAAAGUUAUAUUGGUUGUGGGGAUUUGCACAGACGUAUGUGUCCUUGAUUUUGUGUGCUCGGCCCUGUCUGCUAGAAACCGCGGACUGCUUUCUCCUUUGGAGGACGUAGUUGUGUAUUCUCGUGGUUGUGCUACUUUCGAUCUUCCAGUGAACGUUGCCAGAAAUAUCAAAGGUGCUCUACCUCAUCCACAGGAGCUAAUGCAUCAUGUUGGGCUUUACAUGGCCAAAGGCAGAGGAGCCAAGGUGAUUUCGGAAGUUGUGUUUGGUGUAUAGCCACAUAGUUGAUAUUGCUUCUCAACUGUAUUUUGCAGCUUAUCUUCUCAAACUAUUAAACUUACCCUUGUUUCUCAUGGUAUUAAACCAAUCAAGUUGUGAUUAUCCUUUCUCAAA